AAUCGCACAGGCCGCCGACGGACGUGAACCCCCCACCACCACCACCCAACGCCCUUCCCUCCGCCCUUGCCGUCCUCCCUCGGCGCGAGAAAAAAAAUCACUCUAUCCUUUCCUUUUCUCCUCGACUACCCUUUAACGCCCACAAUGUCCUACGACGACCGCGUCAAUGCGCGCCCCAACCUGAACGAUGAGUCCGAUGUUGAGGAGGAGGCUCUGGUCAACGACUACCGUGAGCAGGUCAACUUUGAAGAUGGAAUGAGCGAUCUGGACCGGACGACAUCCCUUGGGGGCUCGCAGGCCCAGGACCUCCAGGCACAGCUGACUGCCGCCGCUACCCCGCUGGAAUACCAGGCGACUCUCGAGACCAAGUUCGCCAGCUACGACAACUACUGCAGUCUCUUCCACUACAUUCUGAACUCGGAGGGUCCCGUGGAUCUCGAAGUUCCCUCGUACUACUGGGCCUGGGAUGUUAUUGACGAGUUCAUCUACCAAUUCGAGUCGUUCUGCCGCUAUCGCAACCGGGUCGCCCGUAGCGGUUCCUCUGAGGAAGAGUCUCAGCUGCUCCGCGAGAACCCCAACACUUGGGGUUGUUACUCCGUGCUGAAUGUGCUCUACUCCCUCAUCCAGCGCUCCCAGAUCAACGAGCAGCUCGCUGCUAUCAAGCGCGGUGAGGACCCCAUUGCCUUCGCCGGCGAGUACGGCAACCGCCCUCUGUACAAGAUGCUCGGCUACUUCUCGAUCAUCGGCCUGCUGCGUGUGCACUGUCUGCUCGGUGAUUUCAGCCUCGCCAUCAAGACCCUCGACGAUAUCGAGAUGAACAAGAAGGCCAUGUUCGCCCGUGUGAUGGCCGCUCACUUCACCACCUACUACUACGUGGGAUUCUCCUACAUGAUGAUGCGUCGCUAUGCCGAUGCCAUCCGCAUGUUCAGCCACAUUCUGGUCUACGUCUCCCGGACGAAGAACUUCCAGAAGGGCGGCAACAGCUACGAUGCUAUUGCCAAGAAGAACGACCAGAUGUACGCUCUGAUCGCCAUCUGUGUCGCUCUCCACCCCACUCGCCUGGACGACACCAUCCACUCCGCCGUCCGCGAGAAGUACGGCGAGCAGUUCCACCGUAUGCAGCAGGGUGGCCCCGAGGCUCUUCCCGUCUUCGAGGAGCUGUUCCGCUCUGCCUGCCCCAAGUUCAUCAGCCCUACUCCUCCCGACUUCGACAACCCUGCCCUGAACGUCGACCCGGUCGACCACCACACCGCCAUCUUCAUGGAUGAGGUCAAGAACACUCUGUUCAACCCUACCAUCCGCUCUUACCUGAAGCUCUACACCACCAUGGACCUGAAGAAGCUGGCUGGCUUCCUCGAGGUGGAGCCCGAGCAGCUCCGCUCGUGGCUGCUGGUCAACAAGCAGCGCAGUCGCCAGAUUCGUUGGGUUGAGGGUGGUCUGCUUGAUGGAGAGCCCGUCAUCUCCAACGACCUCGACUACGCUCUUGAGGAUGAUCUUAUCCACGUUAGCGAGACCAAGGCCGGCCGCCGCUUGGUGGACUGGUACUUGCGCAACCUUGCCCGCGUCUACUAAGCGGUGCGCCUCCCCAAAAUAACCCCUCCGGUAUUUGGUUUCUCUUCCAAGCCAUAACCUGGUAAACAGGUUCCGGGAGAGAGUGAAAAGGUAGAGAAAUGGACUGACUCUACAUGCAAGAAAGAACGGUACAUGACUCGAGAUGAAUUUUUUCUUUCAUAUUCUUUAAACCGCUCCCCCCUCCUUGAUUUCUUUUCCCCCAUAUUAUCCUCAUUGUUUCCACCUGUUGCUGGUUUUAUACGCCUUUUUUCCAUUAUUGUUUCCUUGGUUUAUUUGUCCCUGGUCCCUCAUCGGCUCAGACGCCUCGUCCAUGUGGAUUUAAAUCAAGUCGGGCUAUCGCGAUAUCUUUGGAGGGCGUACGAUUCUCAUUUGCCCCGGUCUGCGGUUCUGCUUUCUUUUUCAGGGAGACGAUACAUUCGCGGUGAGUGUAUGUGUUGAGGUAGAGAAAAAAAAGAGACUUGAUGAAAUGCAUAGAUCAACGAUUAUAACUAUAUCCUCUACGGUACAUAUCUAGUA